UAUUUUAUUUUAUACUAAUAUUUUGGUGCUAAACAAAUUCUAUCCUUCAAAAUCAGUUUUCCAUCCUCUUCCGCCGGACCACCUUUCGCCGCCCUCCGGCGAAGAUACCAUCGCAUUUUCGGCAUCCGUGAUCCAAAUUUGAGCGACAUUUUCAUCGGAAAAGGAAAUGAUGGGCCCGGAGAGCCAGGGAGAGCCUGACCUCCCGACCUCAAAAGAUGCCUCGAUGGAGACCUUGGCUCUCGAUGAUGAAGAAGAUUUGACCUCAAAGUCCUACUCUAAUGGCCGCAGUGCCGAUAAAAUGGUUUCCGACUCCCGGGAGCCUCUAUCGCCGUCGAUCGUCGGCGUCUCUGCCGAUUCCCAUCCCCUCUCCUCUCCGCCGCACCCUAUACAGUCUCUCGGAGCUUCGGAUUCUCGUCAGGACAGCCAUCUCGGAUCUCCAUCCUGUGCUGUUAGUCCUCCCGAAGACAACGCGAGUUUCGUCGGAGAAGUUAAUGGCAGCCAUAGUGCUGUGAUAGACUUUGAUAAUUCGGUUACCAUUUCGCGGUUUCGCUCUUCGGACUCGACGUAUUUGAAAGUUGUGGUUUCGGAUCCGGAGAAAGUGGUGGAAUCCUCGAGUUCAAUUGUUCCGGGAGGUAACACAUUUUAUACGUAUUUGAUUACCGCGGAGACGAACCUGGCGGACUACGGUGGAUCCAUAUUCACCGUUCGGAGGCGGUUCAAUGACGUAGUAAUAUUAGCAGAUCGGUUGAGUGAAGCUUAUAGAGGGUUUUUUAUACCUCCGAGACCGGACAAGAGUGUAGUGGAGAGUCAAAUGAUGCAAAAACAAGACUUCGCUGAGCAGAGGAGAGUGGCAUUGGAGAGGUACUUGCAGAGGCUUGCAGUUCAUCCGGUGAUCAAGAAGAGUGAUGAGUUGAGAGUGUUCUUGCAGGUGCAGGGGAGGCUUCCACUUCCAUCUACCACUGAUGUAGCAUCCAGGAUGCUAGACGGGGCGGUGAAGCUCCCCAAGCAGAUAUUUGGGGACUAUGGUAAGAAUUCGAUUGAGCCUCAGGAUGUGGUGCAGCCUGCAAGGAAUGGUAGGGACUUGCUGAGGUUGUUUAAGGAAAUGAAGCAGUCGGUGGUAAAUGACUGGGGUAAAUCAAAACCACUAAUUGAGGAGGAUGAUAAGGAAUUCUUGGAGAAGAAAGAGAGACUGCAUGAUCUUGAGCAACAUCUGAGUAACUCAUCAAAGCAGGCUGAAUCUAUUGUUAAAGCACAACAAGAUAUGGGGGAGACAUUAGGACACUUGGGGCUUGCUUUUGUCAAGUUGAUGAAAUUCGAGAAUGAGUGGGGAAAUUCAGAAACUCAGAGAGAACGGGCAGCUGGUAUGAAAAUUGUGGCAACUGCAGCUGUCAAAACAAGCAGAUUAUAUCAUGGUCUAAAUGUGCACACUGUGAAAUAUCUGGAUAUCCUGCACGAACAUCUGGGGUUAAUGUUGGCUGUACGCAAUGCAUUUUCUGAUCGUUCAAGUGCUUUACUAACAGUACAAACUCUUCUAUCAGAAAUGUCAUCUCUAAAUUCAAGGGUUGAGAAGCUUGAAACAGCAUCAUCCAAAAUAUUUGAAGGAGACAAAUCAAGGAAUCGGAAGUUGGAAGAAUUGAAGGAUGCUAUUAAAACCACUGAGGUUGCUAAAACUUGUGCAGUUAAAGAAUAUGAACGCAUCAAGGAGCAUAAUAGAAGUGAAAUAGAAAGGCUAGAUAGAGAAAGACAUGACGACCUCAUAAUCAUGCUGAAAGGAUUUGUGAUUAGUCAGGUGGAUUAUUCAGAAAAAAUUGAAAUUGAGUGGGCAAAACUCGCAGAGGAGACUCGUCAGUAUGCAAGAGAUGCUGCAUAAUGCAGACUGUAAAACACAUCUUUGACAUUUCUUUUAUUCAUGUGCCUACAUAGAAAAUAAAACAAUUAACAGCAAGUAAAUCCUAUUUGUCGAAUUUCAUGUCUGCUCUACAGAGCAUAAUAUAUUUUUAUUUUAUUUUAAUUUUUA